AUGUCUUCCAAAGUUUCUUCCGCAGGCUCCAAAGCCAAGGACGAGCACCACUCAAGCCAACCGCUGCAGCAGCCGCAGCCGCAGCAGCCAUUCCCAGAGGCCAAUGCGGAAGCCAUUAGCUUCCUCAGCUCCUUAAGUGAGCCAGAUGGUGGGGUGGGGAGGACCGGGCUGGAUGAAUGGCUGCUGUUCUUCCCAGAGACUCUGGCCAUCGUCUCAGAUGCAGGGGAGCCUCAGGGAGAGCUGACCAUAGAUGUGCAGAAAGGGAAAUACAAGGACCAGCUGGGCAUCAUGACCCACUGCCUACUGGUACACGCCUUUAGCCGAAGCUUCCUAGAUAAGUCGUUGUGUGGAACCUCCCUCCUAGGCUACCUAACCAACAGACUGGAGCUACUGGAGCAGCACAGUCAUGAGUGUAUCAAGUUUCCCAUCCUCCCCAUGGAGAGGAAGACGAGUGUUCUGAAGCAGGAGGACCAGAUGGUUGUGACCAGAAGUGUCAAGGAGGGUGAGGAAACGAAGACGGGAGUCUCUGUGUUGCCCUGUGAAUCGCUUAAGGGCUUUGUCUCCAGUACCGCCAAUGUGGUGCUGCUGAGAGUGAUGGCCUGGAAGAAGGCAGUGCCCAGUGGUGCUCGCUUCCUAGCCUUGGACUCCGAGGGCAAUCUGUGCCAUUGCACCUAUCAAUCUCUGGGCUUCCAGACCAUCCAAGUGGGCAACCAGCAGGCUGAAAUGUUCAUCGUGGAGCAAACCAUACACUCUGAAGAGGGCAUCCCCUUCUCCUGCCAAUUCUAUUUGCUCUCUGAUGGGCACCUGGCUAAGAGAGUCCAGGUGGGCUCUCCAGGGUGUUGUAUCAUCACCAAGAUGCCCCUUUUGAGGGAGGAAGAUGAGAUCGAGCCUCCGCCCACGUUUGAUAAGAAGCCCUUGGUGUGGGAGGAAGACCUGGAACUUUACUCGAAAUUCCUGGACCGGAAGGAGCAGCUGCGCCUCAGCCACACCAGCUAUCUGCGGCAGCACCCCGAGGCCCAAGCGGUGGUCUCCGACUUCCUGCUCUUCUUGCUGCUCCGCCGGCCUGAGGACGUGGUCACCUUCGCCGCGGAGCACUUCGGGCCCUUUGCGAUGCUGCGCUCACCAAUCCCGGCCCUGCGGUCCUCACACCGGCCAAGCCCUUUCCGCUCGCUGGAGUACGAGGAGGAAGAAGAGGAAGAGGAAGAGGAAGAGGAGGAGGAGGAGAAAGAGGAGGGGGGAGAGGAGGAAGAAGAGGAGGAGGAGGAAGAAGAGGAGGAGGAGAAGGAGGAAGGGGAGGAGGAAGAGAAUGACUACUUGUACGUCUAUGAUGAUGAUGAUGACAAUUAUGAUGAAGACAACGACGAUGACUACUACAACAGUGUUAACGAUGAUGAAGAAAGUGACAUCGUCGAGGAUGAUGAGACCUUUGAUGUCUAUGACAACCUUGAUGACGACGACAACCUUGAUGUCGACGACAACCUUGAUGUCGAUGACAACCUUGAUGUCGAUGACAACCUUGAUGUCGAUGACACCCUUGAUGUCGAUGACACCCUUGAUGUCGAUGACACUGACGAGGAGGACGACGACGACAACCAGGCUUUGAAUCUGGAAAAGAACUAGGCAGAUGACUGGGAGUGGGAGACUGGGACUGGUGGGUUUGGGCAUCUUGGCUGUGGCUUCAGUGGGUGAUAGGCAGGGUCCUACUCUGCCAGCAGGGGCUGUGUCUGGCCAACGCCUCUUGUCAAAAAUGGGAAGCUUUAACUUCGUUUACCAAGCGAGUUUCAUUUUUUUUUUCCCCAGAUGCUAUUUUCAGUUAUGGCCAUUUCAGAGAAAAGAAAAGUAAAGCCUGCAGUCAGAUGUGUUGGCUCACACCUGAAACCCCAGUAGCACUCAGGGAACUCAGACAAGAGAAUUGCAGUGAGUUCAAAGCUAGCCAGGGCUACACAGCAAGACCCUGUCUCGAAAAUUAAACUAAAAAUUAAGAAAAGAGCUGGGUGUGGUGGCCCAUGCCUUUAAUCCCAGGGAGGCAGAGGCAGCGGAUUGCUGUGAGUUCAAGGCCAGCCUGGUCUACAAGGUGAGUCAAGAGCAGCCAA